AUGGGAGGAAUAUUUGCCAAGUCCUCAAACAUGAACGGGAACAGGAUGGGAACGAUGGAAGAAAAGGAUACCAUGUAUGAGAAGCAGCUAGUUUUAAUGCCGCAUCUGCCAGAAGAAAUUAUCAUCCAAAUCCUUUCGAGGUUAUCUCCUAGAUAUCUCUUAAAAUUCAGGUGUGUAUCAAAACCUUGGAGUGUCCUAUUUAAUAACCCUAAACUUGUUGACAUGAUAAAAAAUCACUUCAUUAUCAUGGUUAGAUAUGGCAAAGAUAUGUACUCUAUAGAUAACGAAUCAUUAUCAACAUCAUCAUCAUUACUUGAUGAUAUUGACAGCCGGAUUGAGAAGAUUCAUUGCCCAGUCGUUGAUAAUUACUUUAUGAUUAAUUUUGUGGCUUGUUGUAAUGGCUUGUUCUGCAUACGCACUGCUAAAUGCCAUGAUUUCAGUUUAUGGAACCCAUCUAAUGGGGACUACAAACGAAUACCAAGUGCACCUGAUCAAUUUCAAGUUGAUAAACAUAGCAUGUCAACAUUGAUAGGAUGUGGGCUUGGUUAUGACUCCGAGAGUGAUGAUUAUAAGUUUGUAUGUAUCAUAAGCAAUUUAACCUUGAACCAAUCUGAAGCUAAAAUAUAUUCGCUUAGAUCGAAUUUAUGGAAACCAAUCCAACAGAUCUCUUAUGUCUUAUCUCCGCAAACACACAAGUAUGGAGUGUUUUGUAAUGGAGCUCUUCAUUGGCUGUCAUCAUCUUCGCCCACAGCCUUAAUUGCUUUACAUAUGACAGAUGAGCUUAUCAGAGUAAUCUCACCACCAGAAAAUCCGAAUUUCGAGCAUAUCGGUGACACUGCAUGUAUCGAUGUGUUGGAUGGGUGUCUUGGUAUGCUUUACUGCAAUGUAGACCUUGGUUUUGAAGUAUGGUUGAUGAAGGAUUACGGAAAGAAAGAGUCAUGGACUAAAUUUUACAGCAUUUCGAAACUGGCAAUAUCACUUGAAAUGGGAAGGUUUGGGCGCUUGAGAAGGAUCAAGUGUUUAAAAACUGGAGAGAUUCUAUUAGAGAUUUAUCACCACAGCAUAAUUGGGGGUACUAGAGAGGCUUUGGUUCUAUAUGAUCCAAAGAAUGAAACGUCAAAGUUUUUGAAGCACGAUAAGGAUAAAUGGUCUUCAAGUUCAUUGUCAUUCCAUAGUUAUGUUAAGAGCUCGGUUUCAGUUUCCACAAAGCACUAA